UUGUACUUCCAUUUAUAUCUUCCUUUACCUAUUUCCACCCUCACAAUUUAUCCCCAUGUUCUGUGCUGAAGCUGUGUCCCUUUGAAGAGUUAAAACUAUAUGGCAAGGUGGUACACAAUCUUCAUUAUCUCUGUUCUUCUUCUCUCAGCUUCUGAAGGAAGGUCCUUGUUAAGUUCCACUAGUCCAGAUUCUUCUUCUGAGAGACCUGUUUCUUCUUCCCAUAUAACAGCUUCACUUGAUCAGACAUGGCUCAAUGGUGAUGGUGAUGCUUGCAAGGGACUAGACAAGACUCAGUGUGUGGUUAAAAGAACAAUGGUUGCUCACACGGAUUAUGUCUAUACACAGGAUAUCAACGGGCCUUGAUUUUGCAAUUUUUGGCUUUUGUUUUUGCUCUUCACACUGUUCAUUAAGAAUGAUACUGUCACUGAGAGAAAUGUAAACACUUUAGUAUACUAUUAUGUGUAUGUUUGGGUUUCUCUUUAAUUACAUCAGAAAUCUAAAUCAUUGGACUGAACCAAUCCCAAAAUCAAACUCCCCCUAUGUCAGCAAUGUGAAAAAGAUUAUCUUUUCCCCCUGAUAUUUGGUUCUGGUUCCAACCCAAGCUCUUUAAGUCUUAAAUGCUAAUGAGAAUUGGACCAUUCUGUAAUUAGGGUAUUGGGAAACCAAGCACUUUAGGUAUAUCAUUGUUACUAAUGUCAUGAUCCUUAAGCUUGUAGGUACUAUAUCAUUGUUACUAAUGUCAUGAUC